GUGACGGCUUGCGAACUAUAAUUAUUGAGACUUGUUAGCAUCUUUUUGCAAGUAUAUUGUUAGUUAUAAUUACAGUGAUUAUUUAAAUAUACUAAAAUAUUUAAAAUACUUUAUUAUAGGUAUAACAUUUAAAUUUAACGCAAUGAAGAGGACCUAUGACUCAAUGAGUUCUUCUGUUGAAAUUAGUUCAUAUCGAGAUCAACAUUUUAAGGGAUCCAGAAGUGAACAAGAAAAGCUACUUCGUGCAUCGUCUACACUUUAUAUUGGAAAUUUAUCAUUUUAUACAACAGAAGAACAAAUUUAUGAAUUAUUUUCACGUUGUGGUGAUAUACGACGAGUUAUUAUGGGCUUAGAUAAAUAUAAGAAAACUCCAUGUGGUUUCUGUUUCGUAGAAUAUUACACAAGACAAGAUUCAGAGAAUUGUAUGAGAUAUAUAAAUGGCACAAGACUGGAUGAUAGAAUUAUUAGAUGUGACUGGGAUGCUGGCUUUAUUGAAGGUCGCCAAUAUGGACGGGGGAAAACAGGUGGACAGGUUCGUGACGAAUAUCGUACAGACUAUGACGGCGGGCGUGGUGGCUAUGGAAAAAUAAUUGCACAGAAGAUUACACCAAAUACGUUAGAACGUUGAUGUUCCUUUAUAAAAGAGCUGAGUGGAGCUAACUAUGAAAGACUGUAAUGAUAAAAACAUUCAAUUGAUCUGGAUGGAAUUAGUAAGCAUGUUGUAAUAACAUUUUAAUUUUAAGUAAAUUCUAUAGUUUGAAAUGACCUUCUAUUUUAUCUUUCACAUCAUUAAACAAUUUUAAAAUUACCAAUACUUGAUACUUUACCUACUCUGGUGUUCUUUUGUCUCUAUUAUAUACUUAAUAAUUGUGGUUAUAAUACUUGAUCUACUCUGGUAUUCUUUUGUCUCUAUAUAUUACUUAUUAAUUGUGGCACUUAAAUUUGUAAUGGAAGGAAAAAGGACAACAAAAAACUAAGGUUUUUUUUUACUUCUAAUAGAAAAGCAUACAGUUAAAGCGUAAUACAACAUUGGUUACACUUAUAGAAUAAAAUACAACUAUUCAUAAGUUGAAAUUAAGUUCAUUUUUAAGUAACAAUGUUUAAAUAGCAAUUGUAAAAAAA